AUGGAACGACCCUCCACCCCUCCCUCUGGGGCACUAUCGAAACAGCUAUCCCCAGAGGUUACUAGGCGCAUUGAUGAGAAUAGAUUCCGCGCAAAAGCGAUACGACAAGCGAAGCAAGACGAGCUUCGCCGGUCCGGCAAGGAACCCGAGAGCCUUGGUGCGCCGGCGGGGAUAGUCGAAAAUGAAAAUGUGCAAAUAACAACGGCCGAAGCUGGGAGGAAACGUCCUUUCUCGUCGAUAUCGGCACCCGAUCCUGUACCGACUAGCAACCGCGAUGGACGUGUCCAGCCCGCGGAGGGACCCAUACGGCCGGCCAAGAACUUUGCCAAAUUCGUAGACUACAACAUGAGCGCCAUGACGAACACAAGGGGUGGUUUCAUAACAGUCGACGAUGAUCCGUAUAACCUAGCGCUGAAGAAAGGCGUGCCGGAGUCAGAUAGGCCGAAGCACAUGACAGAGAAAGAGUGGGAGCGGUUCCAGACGCUGCGCAACUUGAAGAGGACAAAGCAAGGGCCGUUCGAGCCGGGCUUGAGCUCCAUCGACGAUCAGAAGAAUAGGAAAAAGUGUCGCGAGUGUGGCAGUCCUGAGAUAGAUUUCGUGUGGGAAGAGGUGUUUAAGAGCUGUGUCUGCUCCUCUUGCAAGGAAAAGUUCCCUGAAAAGUACUCGCUUCUAACGAAGACGGAGUGCAAAGAGGACUACUUAUUAACGGACCAGGAGUUGCGAGAUGAGGAUCUACUACCCCACCUGAACAAGCCAAAUCCCCACAAGUCUCACUGGCACGACAUGAUGCUAUUCUUACGCUACCAAGUUGAGGACUAUGCUCUCAAAGAGAAGUGGGGUUCAGCUGAAGCUCUAGAUGCCGAGUUUGAGAAGCGCGAGGACCAGAAGAAGAAGCGCAAGGAAGCGAAAUUCAAGGCAAAGCUACUAGAUCUGAAGAAGAAGACUAGGACGGAAGCGUUCAGGAGGCAACAGUCGGGAGUGAAGGGGCCGAGCAAGUUUGGUGAUGCGUUAGGAGGCGGGAAGCAUGUUCACAACUGGGGAAGGGCGGUGGAGAACGCAGAUGGCAUGACUGUGAGGAAGUGUCUUGAAUGCAAUAUGGAAGUUGAAGAGCUGGAAUUUUAG